AUGGCUAGAGUGAUCGCUCCCAAUGAGUACUGGCAUAGGGACGCGAAGAUAACAGGCCCAGCAAGAGACCACAAAAAACUUUGUGGCCAACAAAUGUUCAAGGUUGCACGCCAUAUGCUCGCCUCAUUGCAAUUGCAGAUCAUUACUGAACUUCUGAAUGACAAGCAUUCAACCAUAACUGAUCUAAGUCAGGGAACCAACUUGAUUGAGCGAAGAAUCCACAGUCGGCGGGUCAUCAUUAUUAUUGAUGAUGUUGAUGACCAUGAACAGCUCAAAGAAUUGGUUGGUAGCAGAAGUUGGUUCUGCCAUGGAAGCAGGAUAAUUAUCACAACAAGGUACAAGCAUGUACUGAAUGUGCAUGGCCUGAAAGAAGAGGAAAUUUAUGAGCUUCAGAGCUUGACUCCUAGAGAAUCACUUGAACUCUUUAGCUUGCAUGCUUUUGGAACGGCAACACCAUUCAAGGAAUAUGCUUGA